CGUGUAGAUCAGGGAGUAGGCUGAGCUGAGGGGACGCUGGAGGAGAGCUUUACUGUGAUCACUGGAAUAGAGAAGAUGCUGCUGCUGCGCCUGGAUGAGGCAGAAUGCUGACGCUGCGUGCUGCGCGGCGUGCUGGGGACAUGCGGUACUCUUCUGUCCUCCGCCAGGUCACACUGUACUUACUGUAGACACGUCUCCUCUCUGCUGGGAUGCCUGCUUCUCCUCCACUCACACUCUUCUUAGUUCUGCUGUGCGUGCUGAUGACAUGCGCCCAGACGGAGAUGAAGAGGGUUGUUGGAGACAAUGCCACGCUGCCCUGCCACCACCAGUUCUGGGUGGGUGAUGACCCCACUCUUGACAUUGAGUGGCUGCUUCUCAAGCCAACCAACAGGCAGAGAGUGGUGAUCACCUACUUUGCUGGACGGGUUUUUGACCCCAAUGAAGCAGAGCGGAGCCGCGUGGCCUUCGGUGGAGAGUACUUAAAAGGUGACGCCUCUCUGCUGAUCAGUGACUUGUCUCUCACAGACUCAGGAGAGUACAGCUGCAAAGUCAAGACUGGUGCACAAUACCACUGGAGCACUAUUAGCCUCAUAGUUCUGGUAAAGCCAUCCAAGCCACGGUGCUGGAUGGAGGGCAAACUGUUGGAGGGCGGUGAUGUUAAGAUGAGCUGCAAGUCUGCUGAUGGCUCUGAUCCCAUGCGUUACAAAUGGGAGAGAAUACUGGACAAGGGCAAGUAUGUUGGCAAGCUGCCUCCACUGGCCCUGAUAGAUCUGAAAAACCCAGAGAUUGUGAUGUUGAGGAACUUGACCAAGGACAGCACCGGAGUCUACAAAUGCACAGCAAGCAAUGAUGUGGGAGAAGAUAGCUGUACAGUGGAGGUCAAGAUGCACUAUGUAAGAGGAAUGGGUGUAGUAGCAGGGGCAGUGGUUGGCGUGUCCUUUGGAGUCCUCCUUAUCAUCCUCAUCAUCUGGUUGGUGUUCCGAAAAAAAGAGAUGAAGAAAUAUGAAGAAGAAGAGACCCCAAAUGAAAUCAGGGAAGAUGCAGAGGCUCCCAAAGCCAAACUGAUGAAGCCCAACUCGCUGUCUUCAUCCCGCUCUGGCAGCUCUCGCUCAGGCACCUCCUCCACUCAGUCCAUGGUGCACAACAUGGGGCUGCGAGGCCAACGAGCCUGUGUUCCUGCUGUGGCAGCCCUCAAGGAAAACUGCCAUGCCUCCUCCUUCCCUCAGUCUCCACCUGGCUACAAUCAGACAGUUCCCAAGACUUCUGAAUCGCGUUCAACACCAACCUCCACGUCUACCUCCAACUGUAAGCCAAGCCCCCCCCCUAAACUGAGUCCUGGAAACCUGAUCCGUAUGGGGGCCACUCCUGUUAUGGUUCCUGCCCAAUCCAAGGCCUUUCAGACUGUGUAGAAGAUGGAAUCACACAGAGGAAAAAUCCAAGGCAGCCUCAGGACAUGGCAACUAGUUGAACCCAACAGUUAGACUCUGAUAAAGAUCCACUUAUAUUAUCUAUAUAUAUUCUCACCAUUCACUUUCAGCAAUGGAACUCUGAAUGAAUAUAUUAAAAGGCUGUUUCUGGUGUUAUUUAUAGACACACUGUCACCUGAUGAUGAAGGUACAAAGGCAGCAGCUGGUUUCUUAAGGAAGGAGAGGAUUGGGUCAUGAGGUCAUGUAAUGAGUGAAGCCAAAAGCAUAAGCCAAACUCACAUUUAAUAAGAUCAGUGUUUCCCCGACCAUUAUAUUAGGGGGGCGGCCCGCCCCUCCAACGGCAACCCCUGCCCCCCUUGACGAUCAAGUUAAUUUUAUUUUCUAUAUAGCGCCAGAUCACAACAUAAGUCAUUUUAGGUUACCUUUCCUAUAUAUCAUGUCCUCUUAUUUAACAAACUAAAUAAGCUUAUGUUAUUUAUCCUAUUUACACAUCGGCAUGUAAUUUCUAUCUCUACAUGGUUAGCGUUUACAAUUCUUGUUUGCUGUCUGUAUUGCGUGCGGCAAAGUUUCACCCCGAUGCACGCGCACAAACACACAUGCACCAGGGUUUCCCAUUAAUUGCAUAGACUGUGGCGGCCUCCUCCGAGACAUGCGCGCACAUUCACACACGCACUGAAUUUACCGAGCUGCCCACCCCACUUCUCCACUGCAAAACAAUUCCAGCAUGAUAGAGAGACGCCUGAAUGCCUACCUGUCUGUAUAAGUCCCGCCCUACAUCAUCUCUCCAUGUGCCAAACUAAAUCCCCUCAACCAAUCCAAACCAGUCCAAACAAACUGUUGCAUAUAGCGUUCGGUUAGCAUUAGCUAACAAUUAAAGUUAUUUUAAUCACAAAAGGCUAAACUCUGCCUAUCAGCCUGAAUUACUUCCUGUCGCUAAUGCUGCUACGCACAUGCUGCUUUCAAAAUAAGAGAACAGUGUGUUAACAGAAUCCACCACAGAAUUUAGAAGAAGACUGUCAAAAUAAGAUGCCUUAAAUAAAACAUACAAGAAGCUUCAUUCUCCUUUACAAUAAUUAAUUAAAAUAUACAAUGAUUAAGAUCAGUGUAUAUAAUGGAAUAGUGGCAUUAGAAUCUGCGAGAGGCUACUAAAUUUGGGCUUUUUAUGAAAAAAAAUAAAGUAGAAUAACAAAAGAUUCUAUGUCACGGUAUCUCCUGACUGUGAAAAUGUAAUGUGAGGUGUUUGCUCUCAUUUAGCUCUCAAAGUGCACAAGAUCAAUGCAUUUUACUUAAAGUUUUCUCCCAGGGGGGCCGUUGGAAAAUAUGUGGUCCCCCCCCCCAAUAAAAAGCUGUAAACCCAGGGGAAACACUGAAGAUGGUUACAUUACAUGGCAACUUCUCACAGACACAAGUAAAGAUGUGACAGUAGUUCAUAGAGGAAUGGGGAAAAAAUAAUAAAAAAUCUGCAGCACCUUCUUACAUACAGUACACCACUUAUCCAGCACCUAUGACUCACCUGAUCAAGUGUAGGUUGUUAUAGUACAUACAUGGAAUGAAUGGUUGUGAUUGUACAAAGAGACUUGAUAUGGACACUUCAUAUAUCCAUCCAUCCAUGUGUCACAUGCUGUAAUAUGGACAUAAAUGAUACUGAACCCCUUUGUCACUGCUUCCUCUAAACCAGGGGUCGGCAACCUUUACUAACAAAAGAGCCAUUGUUGGCCAAAAUACGAGAAAAAUUGUCGGAAUUGAGCCGCAAACCGUAUUUUGAAUGAAAAUAAAAUAGCCUACUAAGUCUUAAUUAGUCUACCAACAUGACUAAUUGGUCAAAAUUAGCAUUUAUUGAUAUGAUUUUGGAGUUUGUAAUCGAACGCUAGUCUAGAUAGGGAAACUCAAAACUGGAAGUUGGCAAAAUGCAUAGGUUAAGGCUUUUUAAGACUUUCGUAAGCCAUGAUGCAGUUUAGUUGACUAAUACAGUCAUGGAAAAAAAUAUUAGACCAUUGAAUAGUGAAGAGCUGAUAUCUAGCCAUUUUCCAUGGUUUUUCUUGGUAAUGAUUUUGGUUAUUAUCAAGAAAACAUGAAAAAUGUCUAGAUAUCAGCUCUUAAAUUAAUCUCUUAUGAUAUAUCUUUAUUUUUAUCAUUAUAUUUGUCCAAACAAAUGUACCUUUAGUUGUACCAGGCAUUCAAAUUAACAAGAAAAUGAAGAAAACAAGCGUAGUUUAAUCAUUUUUUCCAUGACUGUAUGUUAAAAAGAAAUGCUUUAUUGCCGUAUAUAAGCUUAACAUUUUAACAAUUGAAGAACACAAAUUGCUUAGGGCCUACACCAAUGAUAAAUGAAAAUUAAAAUGUACAUUUUUUCUUUUGUCACAGCCACAGGGAGCCGAUGCAGGCGGUCUGAAGAGUCAAAUGUGGCUCCAGAGCUGCAGGUUGCCUACCCCUGCUCUAAACCAACUGAAAUAUCCUGUUAAUGUGCACAAUUCCCAUUUUCUGUAGUUUAAGUAUGACAUACAGGACUACGAAGCUGUUUUAUCUUUGAAGAUUGUUACAGGGUUAAGUAGAGGUCCGACUGAGGAAGUGCCACAUUUUGAUUAUGUACAUUUGAUUUGUUUCUUUCACCCACUUUUGGGUUGAGUAUACCUUCUAUUUAAACCCAAGAAUGAAAAACUGUAUGAAUGUUAUGCUUGUUAUAUACAACGGUUUUUCUCAGCAAUAAGUUAGUCAGAGCUCUGCCAUGGUAUUUAAAUGGAUUUGAUAUAA